AUUCUCACCUGGCUCCUGGCACAGCGGGUACAUUUACGGUUUAUGCUGAUGCAGUGUUUACCAGGGCAAGGGAACCUACAACCGAGGUACAUGCCCUUGACCAGGAAUCAAACCCAAGACCCUUCGGUCUAAGGGCUGAUGCCCUAACUACUGAGCAAAACCGGCCAGGGCAAGAAGUAUUGUAAUGGGGAAUUAUAGGCCACACAUCUUAAAAGAAGUAGAACCCUCUGAGACCAGGAUAGAGGGCGCCCUGGGCACUUUCAUGGGCUUAUUCAGACCCUCUGUGCCCUCAUGAUGCCCCUGGUCACCAUGGCCAGCCCCCAUUAGAGGACACCACACCUUCCACAUCAGACAGUGCAGAGGGGCCAGAAGCAAGGGCCCACUUGGCUCCAGGACAAGAGGGCAGUAGGAGACGAGGCGUGCAAACAAACCCUCGGUAAACAGGCAAACAAAUGUCACCAUGGCAACAUUGAACUCAGACCAAAAAGAUGAGCAGGUCCUGGAGGAAGAGCCUUUGGGGUAAGAACAGAGGUGGAAAGUUCUGGAGGCAGGAAAAACCGAUGCUUCAGGGAAUGUGCUGUACAUGGUGGGGCGGAGGCAGGGGAUGGAGGAAAUGGCAGGGUGGGGUGCGAGGUAGGUUUGGGCGCUCAUCCAGGCCUCCUGGGUGCUGACUAAACACAUAGAGUCUAUUCUAAGUUGAUAGGAGGCCCCUGGACAGCCAUAAGCAGCAGUGACACAAUUCAUCAGACCAUCAGAGAUCAGUCUGACUGUGUCAGGAGUGAGGGAGAGCAGGGGCCAUGGAGGGGCCAGGCCAUCACGCCGGUGAGAGGUGAAGGGCUCUGGAGACUCGCCUGCAGGCCGGCGUGGGCUAUGGGAACACCCUCAGCUGCAUCCGCAUGGUGUACAGGAAGGAGAGUGUUUUCGGCUUCUUCAAGGGCAUGUCCUUCCCCCUGGCCAGCAUCGCCGUGUACAACUCGGUGGUGUUUGGGGUCUUCAGUAACACGCAGAGGAUCCUCAGCCAGCUCCACAGCAGGGAGCCUGAGGCCAGCCCGCCCCGUACCCUGUCAGACCUGCUCCUGGCCAGCAUGGUGGCCGGCGUGGUGUCCGUCGGACUGGGCACGCCUGUGGACCUCAUCAAGAUCCGCCUGCAGAUGCAAACACAGGCAUUUCGGGAAACCAGCCUCAGUUUGAAGAACAGGGCAGUGGCUCUCGGGGAGCAGCCAGCCUACCAGGGGCCUGUGCAUUGCAUUGCAACCAUCGUGCGGACGGAGGGCCUGGCGGGGCUCUACCGGGGUGCCGGUGCCAUGCUGCUGAGGGACGUCCCGGGCUAUUGUCUCUACUUUGUCCCCUAUGUGUUCCUGACCGACUGGAUCACCCCUGAGGCCUGUGCAGACCCCAGCCCCUAUGCUGUGUGGCUGGCAGGUGGCGUGGCAGGAGCAAUUUCUUGGGGGACAGCGACUCCUAUGGAUGUUGUGAAAAGUCGACUCCAGGCCGAUGGGGUUUAUUUAAACAAAUACAAAGGUGUCCUGGACUGUAUCUCCCAGAGUUACCAGAAGGACGGCCUUAAAAGGCAUCACGGUGAAUGCUGUGCGGGGCUUCCCCAUGAGCGCAGCCAUGUUCCUGGGGUACGAGCUCUCGCUGCGGGCCAUCAGAGGGAACUACCCGGUGACCAGCCCCUGAGUGCCAGGGCUAGGGCUGGCGUCAUGGACCAGGGCCCCAUUCCCUGCAGGGCGAGGCCUCUCCAGAACCUGCUCACCUCCAAACCCCUUCUUUCGGAUCGCAAGCACUCUGCUCCUCCCCUCCCAGCUGGACCAUUGAUAAACCGCCACCUAUUUUUUAUCUGCACUGGCACCUGGCAAAAAGUGGGGCCAAAUAGACCUGCUUCCCACGACUGCUGUAAACUCACUGGGAAUUCGCAGAGGAGCUGGAGUUGUCUCUAAGUUUCCAAAUAAAAACAAUGAAAACUUCUUCAGGUCA